AUGGAGAAGGUUAAGAUCAUGAAGGAGUGGUUGAAGACCGCCCAGAGCCGUCAAAAGUCCUAUUCGGAUGUUCGUCGGAGAGACUUAGAGUUCAAGGAAGAUGAUUGGAAAGAAAGGGAAAUUGAGUCCAGGUAUGCCGGGCCGUAUAGAAUUAUUCAGAGGAUUGGUCAUGUAUCGUACAAGCUUGAGCUACCACCUGAGAUGUCAUUAGUGCACCCGGUAUUUCAUGUGUCUAUGCUGAAGAAAGUAAUCAGGGAUCCGUCGCUUAUCGUGCCAGUUGAGACUAUUGAAGUUAAUGAAGAGCUGUCAUAUGAAGGAAUUUCAGUUGCCAUUCUUGAUAAGCAAGUUGAAGAAGCUACGUUGGAAGCCGAGGAAGAAAUGAAAAAGAAGUACCCUGACUUGUUUGAAUAG